GCUGCGAGUCCUCGAGCGGCAGCUAUGGUGGUCAAGACCGAGACCUGCACCUUCAGUAACUUCAGGAUCUAUCCUGGCCAUGGCUGCCUUUACAUCCGCACGGAUGGAAAGUCCUUCCGCUUCAUUAACGCCAAGAACGAAGCUAGUUUCCACAUGAAGCGCAACCCCCGCAAGCUGAACUGGACUCUGUUCUACCGCCGUCUCAGGAAGAAGGGAACUCAGGAGGACCAGCUCAAGAAGGCCAAGAAGAGGGUCAUCAGCACUUCCGUCUUGUCCCGUGGUAUCCAGGGUAUGACCAUCGAGGAGUUGAAGAACAAGACCAGUGAGGGCAAGGAGCGUCGUAAGGCCAUGCGUGAGGCCACCGUUCGUGAGGCCAAGGAUGCAGCAAGAAAGAAGCAGGAGGAGAAGAAGAAGAACGCCCCAGCGAAGAAGGCCGCUCCUGCUGGAAACAAGAUGGACGUUAAGGGAACCAAGGGAGGCGCCAACCUUAAGCCUGCUCGUCAGUCUGCUCCUGGCAAGCAGGGUGCUCGAUAAACAUGUCGUUUUUGGAUUAAAUUCUGGAAAGUGAA